UAUAUAUAUAUAAAUAACAAUUAAAGAUGUGCGAAAUACAAUACGCAUCCUGCCAGCCGCCGCAUGUGACCGCCGCCAUGUGCUUCUCGAUAUAUCUCUGGAAAUAUGAUCCACCCGAUAUUGUGGAUCUCACCUGCCUGAUGCCCAACGGGGUUGUGCUCCAGCUGCGCGUUAAGUCGACGGCAACCAUACGGGAAGUGAAGGCUGAAAUGGUGGCUCUGGGCAAAGUGCAACCUUUGGGCUAUCUGAUCAAGGAUGCGUGUGAUUAUCAGGUGAACGGCAUCUCGCACUACACCAUCGAAGCGUAUACGGAUGAAACGAAGCGACUGAUUGAGGUCCAGCCGUAUUUUGGUCUACUCAAUUUGGGUGAACGCACCGAUACCACCACAUUUUCCAGCGAUUAUGAAUUAACGAAAAUGAUCAGCGACAUCAUUGGCAAAUCCUUCGAUCAUCAGAAUAGCCACGGUACACCGGAGGUGGAAUAUUUUCGCAGCAAGGUCAACGUUAUAUGCGAUGGCAUCAAGGUGGAACGCACGAAAUACUCCUGGCAACAGCGAUUACUUUACGAGCAUCCGCUGCGAUUGGGUAAUUCGACACUAAUGCCAGAGUUGAUACGGCAACGACAUCCAACAUCGGCAUUCCUCAUCACCGUAAAGAACGAAAACGAUCUGAGCGCAUUUACGCUCUCCGUCUUGGAGCAUGAUACUCCACUGAGUUUGAUUGAGAGCACGCUACAGAAGAUGUAUCGUUCACAGAUCAAGAUCAAUGAUCGCGCCAAUGACUAUAUACUCAAGGUGAGCGGACGGGAUGAGUAUCUGUUUGGGGAUCAUCCGCUGAUACAGUUUCUUUACAUCCAAGAGAUGCUCUCCGAUGCGGCGGUGCCCAAUGUUGUCCUCCAGCCCGUCAUGCGUCUCGAUGCGUACAUCAAUCAUUACAACGAGCAGCAGAAUCUAAGUCUGAAACGUCCCCCAAAGCCGGAACGUCAAAUUGUGAUGGAGAAAUCGAUUGCAAUGCUUUGGGAUUUGCAACCGAAAAAUUUUACGCUCACCUUGCACGGCGUGACAAAUGUGAACUUUGAUCCGGCGCGUGCUUUUAAGGUGGGCGUCCAUGUGGGACUCUAUCAUGGCGAUCGCAAGUUGUGCGCCCAGCGCAGUUUGGAUGCUUCGAGCUCGGGCAACUCAUUGGAUUUUACAUUUGAAGACAAUGAUUUGGCAUUCGAUAUACAAAUGCACAAUUUGCCACGCAUGACACGACUCUGCAUUGUGGUCUUUGAGGUGACGAAAAUGUCGCGCUCGAAGAAGUCUUCGAACAGCAACAGCAGCACCUUUAAGGAUGUCUACUACAACAAUAAUCCCUUGGCAUGGGUUAAUACAACGCUCUUCGACUAUAAGAAUCAGUUGAGGAAUGGUCGCCAGACUCUGUACACCUGGACCUAUGCAGAUGAUAUACAAUCAGAUGAUGUUUUCUAUCCGCUGGGCACCGUUGAGUCGAAUCCGCGCAAAGACGAGUGCGCCGUAGUCCAUCUGCAAUUCCAUCAGGGAAGCAGCGACAUUGAGCACACGCAAGUCUGCUAUCCCAGCGAGGAUGAUGUGCUGCAAUAUGCCGCGGAUCGGGCGCGAGCGAAUCGCGAUAAACAACAGCAAAUGGUAGAUCCUGAGAAACAGUUGCGAGACCUGAGCAUUCUGCUGGCCAACUAUUCGGGCAAAGAUAAAAUCUACGAGAUGGUCGAUCAGGAUCGCAACAUCAUCUGGGAACGCAAAAACGAAAUAUUACGCGAAUUUCCGGAGGAGCUGUCCGUGCUGCUGCACUGCGUCUAUUGGAAUGAGCGCGAUGAUGUUGCCGACAUUUGGUAUCUCCUCAAGCAGUGGCCACUCAUCGCCAUCGAACGCUCGUUGGAGUUGCUGGACUACGCCUAUCCGGAUCCGGCUGUGCGUCGAUUUGCCAUCAAAUGUCUGCACUACCUAAAGGACGAGGAUCUGUUGCUGUAUCUGCUGCAGCUGAUGCAGGCGAUCAAGCAUGAAUCGUAUUUGGAGAACGAUCUGGUUAUAUUUUUGCUGGAGCGCUCGUUGCGCAAUCAACGCAUUGGACACUAUUUCUUUUGGCAUUUGCGCUCCGAAAUGCAUACGCCUUGCAUGCAGACACGAUUCGGAUUGCUGCUGGAGGCUUAUCUCAAGGGUUGCAAGCAGCAUGUGAAACCGUUGCGGAAGCAGCUCGAAGUGCUGGAGAAACUGAAGCAGGGUUCGGUGAUAGCGAAGAAGGGCAGCAAGGAGAAGGUGCGCAAUGAGCUGCAAAAGUUUCUGCACAACGAGCACAACAACGGCGCCUUCCAGAACAUCCAAAAUCCGUUGAAUCCCAGCUUCAGAUGCAGCCGCGUCACGCCCGACAAGUGCAAGGUGAUGGACAGCAAGAUGCGACCGUUAUGGGUUGUUUUCGAGAACAUCGAUCAGACCGCGAGCGAUGUGUAUAUCAUAUUCAAAAAUGGUGAUGAUCUGCGCCAGGAUAUGCUCACCCUGCAAAUGCUGCGCGUUAUGGAUCAGUUGUGGAAACGCGAAGGAAUGGAUUUACGCAUGAACAUCUACAAUUGCAUCAGCAUGGAGCAGAGAUUGGGCAUGAUCGAGGUGGUUCGACAUGCGGAGACAAUUGCCAACAUACAAAAGGAGAAGGGUAUGUUUUCGGCGACUUCGCCGUUUAAAAAGGGUUCGCUCUACAGUUGGCUCAAGGAGCAUAACAAGGCGCCCGAGAAACUCAACAAGGCCAUCAAGGAGUUUACGCUCAGCUGUGCCGGCUACUGUGUUGCAACAUAUGUCCUCGGCGUUGCCGAUCGUCAUUCGGACAACAUAAUGGUCAAGCGUAAUGGACAGCUUUUCCACAUCGAUUUUGGCCAUAUUCUGGGCCAUUUUAAGGAGAAGUUUGGUGUGCGGCGUGAACGUGUUCCUUUUGUGCUAACACACGACUUUGUCUAUGUCAUCAACAAGGGAUGCAUUGAUCGCGAGGCAAAGGAAUUUUGUUAUUUUCAGCUAUUGUGCGAGCGCGCCUUUUUAAUUUUACGUAAACACGGCUGCCUUAUUUUAUCGCUGUUCUCAAUGAUGAUUUCAACGGGAUUGCCGGAACUGUCCUCAGAAAAGGAUCUAAACUAUUUACGUGAGACUUUGGUGCUGGACUACACGGAGGAGAAUGCGCGCAAACAUUUCCAGGCGAAAUUCAGCGAAGCUUUGGCCAAUUCGUGGAAGACCUCACUCAAUUGGGCAUCGCACAAUUUUUCGAAAAACAACAAACAAUGAACGACUACAGACAAAUAACAACCAGAUAUUUUUGCAAGAUAUAAAAACAGAAUCACACCCACAUACACACUUCUCCCACACUCUCAAAAUUGUGGCUACUGUUUCCGUUUCUGUCAAACAUUUCUCUGUGUUUUCCGUUUUCCGGACGAGGCGUAGUACAAUUUUUGUUCAUAUAUAAUACAAACCGAGUUCAAAACUAUGUGUUCACUACAUUAGGCCAACAUAAAAAAACACACACACACACACAUCUCUCACACACAGCAUAAACACACAAUUUACAUAAUUUACAUAUAGACAGCCGUUAUGUUCUGCAAACAAAUGCUCCAAUAUUAUUAUGUUUUUUCUGUUCCAUAUUGUAAAUUCAUUUUUUUUUUAUAAUGUUUGAUUUCCAACUGGUAUAAAAAUGUUUUCUAGUUUUUGGUUUUGAUUUUUUUUGCCCCAUACACACCCUACACACACUUACCUAUACAAAUUAUUAUGAAUGUAUCCUAUUAUUAUAUAUCUUUAAUAUAAGCGCGUAAUUUUUUCGUAUCUAAUAAGUUGAUUAUACCUAUUAUUUAUACGGGUCUUAUGUACUCCAAUCGAAAAAGGAAAACAUCUUUUGUGUUUUAUGGUUUUUUGUAAUAUUAUGUAAUAUCUUAAUACCGUAUUUCAUGUGUGGCUGGAUGAUAAGAGCAAUUAAAAGAAGCAUCUUACAUGUAUACAUACAUACAUCAAACGAGUUAAAAUAGAAAAACAAAAAAAAUUAUUAAAUACGCCGGGUAAUUCAUAAAACUUAUGCAUGCAUAUUCCAUUCGACACAUAUUAUGAAUGAUGUAUACAUUAGUCGAAAGAUAUAAUUAAAAAGAAAAUAAAUAAAAAUGUUCUUCUACGGAUAGACAGUAUGCAACACCA